AUGUCCAGCCAAUUUGAGCUCGCUCAGAAUCCCACCGAUCCAAUCUCCGCCGUCAAGUUUGCGCCUCAGUCGUCUUCGCGCCUACUCGUGUCUUCGUGGGACCGACAUGUCUACCUCUACGACACGCUUGCUGAGCCAGGCGGCAAGCUUAUCCAUAAGUUUGAGCACCCGGCCCCGGUGCUAGAUGUGUGCUUCGGGCGGGACAACUUUGAGGCGUUCAGCGCAGGCAUGGAUUGGGAAGUGCGCAGAAUCGAUCUGGAGAGCGGCAAAAAGACGGUCCUCUCAACACAUUCAGCCGGCGUGCGCAGCGUCUUCUACUCGCGGCCUCACAAGCUCCUGGUCUCUGCGUCGUGGGACUCUACCCUGCAUCUGCACGACCUGUCACAACCCGGCGAGUUUUCGACCGUUGCUCUGCCCGCGAAAGCAUUCUCCCUCACCGCUUCGCCUACCAAGCUCGUGGUAGCCAUGGCCAAUCGCGCCGUCUACAUCUACGAGCUGGACAAGUUGGCGCAGGCAGCGCAGGCGGGCGGUGACGCAGAUGUGCAGCCGUGGCAGCAGCGGGAAAGCAGCAUGAAGUACAUGACACGCGCCGUAUCGUGUAUGCCCAACGAUGCUGGAUACGCCAGCUCAAGCAUAGAAGGCCGCGUAGCUGUGGAAUGGUUCGACCCGAGCGAGGAAUCACAGUCGCGCAAAUACGCUUUCAAGUGCCACCGACAGACCGUCGACGGCCAAGAUAUUGUAUACCCUGUCAAUGCACUGGCCUUCCAUCCUGUCCAUGGUACUUUCGCAUCUGGCGGAGGAGAUGGCGUAGUUGCAUUGUGGGACGCCGUGCACAAGAGGAGGAUAAGGCAAUACCAGCGCUUUCCAGCAAGUGUGCAGACAAUCGACUUCAGCGCUGACGGAAAGUUUGUGGCAAUGGGCGUCAGUCCAGGAUUUGAGGACGGUUCGGAUGAUGUUCCUGAUGGCGCUAUCAAGGUUUACAUCCGUGAGUUAAGUGAUACGGAGGCGAAGGGCAAGGCGUCGAAAAAGUAG